GGCGAAUCAUGGACGAGCGCGUCUCCUUUUCUGUCUCCCACCAGUUGAGCCUCUUCCCUCUCCGAUGCCCAGGCAUCCAGGUUCUCCAGACUUUUCCGGAAUGAUUGCUCCACAAAGGUGGUUGCCAUGACGACCCGCGCACUCACGGCGGACACCGAGGAUGUUGCCAUGCGAUGCCGGGAGACGAGCACUGCCCCAAGACCUCGCGUUUGUGGCCGGUGGGAACGAGUCUUGGUCUGUCUUCUCGUGGCCGUAUCUGCUCUGUGCGCCGUCCUGAUGGUACUUCUCUGCAGACAGAACAAUGGCUCGUUGCAGCGAGGUAGGCGAAACGUGUAUGAAUGCAUUAGAGACAUUGAGAGCUGUCACAAUGCUUCCUGUUCACAUGUCUGCCUCACCGAAACUUGCGUGCAGGCCGCGGCUGCGCUUCUAAAAAACAUGGAUACUGCAGCUCCUCCCUGCGAGGAUUUCUAUCAAUUCGCCUGCGGCAGGUGGCCCCAGCAUCACGAGCUUCCUGGGGAUAGAUCCUACUAUGAUACCUUCUCCCUCAUGAAAGACGAACUCAAAUCCAUGAUCAGAGUUCUCUUGGAGGAACCCAUUGCCGAAGAAGACAGCAAUGCUACAAUCAGUGCCAAGAAUCUCUAUGCUUCCUGCAUGAAUGAACGUGCAAUAGAGCAACUUCGCGAGCGUCCUUUGGUGCAGCUAUUGGAUGAACUAGGGGGGUGGCCAGUGACUAAUCCUAACUGGACCGAAGAGUCCUUUGACUGGGUUGAACAAGUAGCUCGGCUCCGUCAGUACAGUAACGACAUUCUUAUAGGACAAUGGGUUGGACCAGAUGGCAAAAAUUCCUCUGUGCACAUCAUACAGCUGGACCAGGCUGAUCUCGGUCUUCCUAGUCGCGAAUACUACAUGCAGGGAACUCAACAGCUGGAUGCGUACGGCCAGUUUAUGGUGGACAUCGCCCGUUUGCUCGGUGCCCCGCAGGAAGUGGCAGAACAGGACAUGAGGGAUGUUUUGGAAUUCGAAAUGCAACUUGCCAACUUGACAAUUCCAAGUGAGGAGAGACGCAACUACAGUGCCAUUUAUCUAAAAAUACCUCUGUCAGAAUUGCAGCUGAAGAUACCGCUGGUGAAUUGGACAUUGUAUUUCAAUAUUUCCUUGCCAAUAGAAAUCACGGAUGAAGAAGAAAUCGUCGUGUAUGCAGUUUCCUAUCUCAAUGCCAUGAGUGAGCUAGUCAUCAACACACCAAAGAGGUCAGUGUCCAACUACAUUCUGUGGCGGUUCGUGUACAACCGGGUCAGCAACCUGGACAAGCGUUUUCUGUCUCGCCAGCAGGAGUUCUACGCGAGCCUCUACGGGACGCAAUCCAUCCCUCCACGAUGGAAAACGUGUGCGGUCUUCGCAAAUAAGAACAUGGGGAUGGCUGUCGGAGCGAUGUUUGUUCGAAAGCAUUUCAACGAGAAGAGCAAGGAGACGGCAGAAGAGAUGAUAUCUGAUAUUAAAACUGCAUUUCUGGAAUUGCUGGAUGAAGUAGACUGGAUGGAUCCUGACACUAGAGAAGCAGCCAGACAGAAGGCUCUUAUGAUGAGUGAAAAAAUAGGUUUUCCUGAAUACAUCAUUGACCCUGUAGAAUUGGACAAGGAUUACGAAGGGCUAGAAUUCCAACCAGACACGUAUUUCGACAACGUGCUGCUCAACCUCAGAAAUUAUGCCACCCGGGAACAGAUGAAGCUGAGGACGCCAGUGGACAGAGCGCAGUGGGUGACAUCACCGGCAGUAGUGAAUGCAUUUUACACAAGGUCUAAAAACUUUAUCACCUUCCCAGCUGGUAUUCUGCAACCACCCCUCUAUCACCAAAACUAUAUUCGUUCUCUCAACUACGGGGGAAUCGGUGUUGUGAUUGGCCACGAAAUUACACACGGAUUCGAUGAUAAAGGGAGGCAGUUUGAUCACCACGGCAAUCUGAAGCAAUGGUGGAAUACUCAAUCUCUUCAGAGAUUUCAAUCUAAAGCAGAUUGUAUGAUCAACCAAUACGGAGAUUACAUUAUGACGGACAUAGAUAUGAAGAUUAAUGGCAUUAACACUCAAGGCGAAAAUAUAGCUGAUAAUGGCGGGGUAAAACAAGCCUUUAGGGCAUACCGCAGUUGGGUAUCGCGAAGAGGAGUGGAAGAACCUCUGUUACCUGGACUCAACUUGACCCACGAGCAACUAUUCUUUCUCAACUAUGCCCAGAUUUGGUGUGGUACCAUGAGACCAGAGGCUGCGGUCAACAUCAUCCGAACUGGGGCACACAGCCCAGGCAGAUUUAGAGUCAUUGGAGCCCUUUCAAAUUCUAAAGACUUUAUCGAGGCAUAUGGUUGUCCUCCAGGAAGCCCCAUGAAUCCACAAACCAAGUGUGAGGUCUGGUAAAAGCAGAUACCAGAAGAAGAUUAUUUUUCAUCAUUUCAGUCUUACUGAAAAUAUGCGCACAGUAACAUGAAAGCAGAGAGCUCUUCCAAUGAAGCGAGAACAGUGAAAUUAAGUGGGAAAUACUUUUCUUAUUCCAGAUUGGAAGGAAGAAAAAGAUUUUCUUGCACUUAAUGGUUACUCCUAUGAUGGCUUUUGUUUUCAAAUAUGCACUGAAUGCCAUUCGUCAAGAUGCUGGAAUUCAGACCUUGUACCGAAAACUACUUACUUAAAUUUAGAAAUAUGUACUACUAUUAAAAAUACGUUUUGAAUGUCAUAAAACAAUACCAAAAAUGAACGAUGAAUUUGAUGCGCUUUAAUACUGUACGUACUAUUGACUAUGCUCGGAGAUCUUUAUUUCUUUUGACAUUUUGAUCUCAAUGAACUUUAAAAAUACAAAUCUAGACCUGGAUUUCCUUUUCUGUUUUCUGUUAUUUUUCUUUUCCAUUUUUUUUUACUCUGGAGAUAAUGUCAUAUGAAUUAAAACAGUCAUUAAGAAAAGCAUACAUUUCAUUAACUACGUCCUCUAAAUUUUGCUUGAUUUUCUUACAAUUUUUAUCAUUCCCUCCUCAUAGAAAAGCUAAAAUCAUAAAUUUCUCGUUUUAUGUCUCCAAAACUGCCCAGAUAAAGCGUUUAUAAAAGCAAAAUCAAAACAGCUCAAAAAGUAGCUCUUCCAUAAGUAUUUAAAUUUUUAUGUAUAUUUAUAAAUCAUUUUCGUCUUUCAAAAUGUUUUACUUUGUUUUAAUUACACACCAAAAAAAAAAAACCGUGUAACUAAAUUUACAUAAAAAUCUGUCAUUUAUCUGUCAAAAAUUUAUUAUUUGAAGUUAAAAAAUCUUUAUGCCGCCAGUCAUUUUUUAAAUUUAUUUUGCCGUGGGCAGGUAAACAACAGUAUCUGCGGAAAUGAGUUUUCGAGAUAUUUGAAGAAACGCGUUUUGGAUUCAAUGCUAACAAUCGGAAAAUAUUAGGGGAAAAGUGUUUUUUUUUUCUUUUUCCCGCGCUUUUUUUAAUCGAAAACCAAACAAGCAAGCUUGUACAAUAAAGCUGCUGAACAGAAAAUGACAAAAAUGCAAAACAAAUGAAAACAUUGACGUUAAUGCCUUUUACUUGAAGCGUUUGAUUGAAUAUUAAUUUAGCGUUAUAAUUCUUUUCUUGAGCAGAAAAAUAUUCUUCUAAAAAUAGCUCGUGAGUAUGUUCUUAUUUAAAAGUCCAAAGUUGUAUUCCUUGGUUGUAUAUUGAUUUAAUAUCACACAUGAUUAUUGCAACACAUUACUAACAUUAGGAAAGCGAGCAAUGUCGAUAGCCUUACAUCAGAUUUCUUCUUUUUUAUUCCGUUAGUCGAACCAAGCAAUUUUCAAGCUGAAGGGUAUAGUGUUUCUCUGACAAGAAAGAUAAUAAUAUCUCUUUUUGAGCAUCAAAUAGGUUACAUUUUUCCUCAUUUCAUAGACACUUAAAGAUCAUUAAAUGUUUCAUGAACGUGAACAGUUUGUAAAUAAUUUCAUUCUUUAUUAAACUAUCAUUUUUCAUUUCA